AUGACAUUGCCUCUCCGACAAAAGUUGAUACUGGUGAUCACUUUUGGUGUCGCUAUUUUCGUGAUUGUGGUCGAUCUCAUUCGCAUGGCUGUCCUUGAGCAUAGCGCCAUAAUCCAGCUCCGAUUACAUCACGCAGCCAGUGUAGGGAUGGUUGGCGAUGGGAGAUAUCCAUUUACGUUUAUGUGGUCCACAGCAGAAGUUAACAUGACUCUGAUUUGCGCUUGUGUUCCAAGCCUAAGACCUCUCGCUGCUCGAUUCAGCCCAUCUCUGCUCCGGAACCCACAGGGAAAGUCUGAAAUUGAGCAGGGGACGUUAGAAGAAUCCCAACAGGCGCCUAGCAGAAGUGGAGCUGUUGCUGGUGAGAUGAUGGAUGCCAUCACAUUGCGUGUGGAAGCAGAAGCACAAGUUGAACAGGCAUCUAGGAGAGGCACUGGCGAUCCAUUUCAGAAGGAAGAAGAACCGCCAAUCAUUAACAUACUUAACAUGAGGCCGGCAUCGAUGCUGAGACUGAAUAAGAAGGAAUCCUUCCCUCCUAAUGUGCUACUUACCACGCUUUUCUUUAUGUGGGGGUUUUCAUAUGGCCUUAUAAGUGUUCUUAAUAUCAGAUUCGGAUCUUUGGUUCAAUUGAACGCAUGGCAAUUACGGGGACUCCAUGCAGCAUAUUACGGAGGCUACAUGGUAGGAGGUAUCUUAUUAGGUCGAAUAUUUCUGAAAAAAUUGGGCUUUGCAGGUACUCUUAUUGCUGGUCUUUAUAUAUAUGCUUGCGGGGCGCUUCUCUUCUGGCCAUCGGCGGUUUUAGGAUCUCUGCCGACUUUCAUUGUAUCUAAUGUUGUGGCAGGAUCCGGACUGGCCUUACUGGAGACGACAGCGAACCUUUCCAUGGCUAUUUGCGGACCGCUAGAGUAUUCAGAGAUACGAUUAUGUGUUGCUCAGUUCUUCGAGGGUAUUGGUCAUGUUUGUGGCAUGCAACUUGCUGAGAACGGUUUGUUCAAGAAUUCCAAGGACGCUACGAAAGUAGUUAAUGCACAGUGGACAUAUCUAGUUAUAGCUUUUAUUUCUGUGCUCCUCUCAGUUAUCUUCUAUUACCUGCCAUUACCUGAAGCCCCAAAUGAUGAUUUAAGGCAGUUGGCUGCUCAGCGUCCUGAAAACAAAGCUAAAAUUUGGAGCUUGCAGACCUGUAACAUUACCUUUGGAUUGGGGGUUUGGGCAAUGUUUUUAUACUUCGCGGGACAAGAAGCACAUGCUGUUAAUCUCCAGGACUACGUGAGAUUUUCUGACCCGAACUUAAGUAUCAAUCCAAACAAUCUCGGAGCUAUCGCAUAUACAGUAUUAACUGUUGGACGUCUUUCAACGGCGUUUAUUGUGUGGCGAUUAUUGAAGCCUCGAUGGACGCUAUUUGUCUUAUAUAUUGGGAUAAUAGUCUUUGGAACUCUUUGCAUGCACACAACCGGCCUGACUGCUGUUGUCAUGGCGAUAAUGGUCUAUCUUUUUUUGGGUGGGAUCUUUCCACUCGUAUUUGCAAUUUCAGUGCGCGGGAUGGCGCAACAUGCGAAGACAGCCGCUUCUCUCUUGGCUGCAAGUGUCGGUGGUGGUGCGUGGUCCCCCUUUCCACAACAUGCUGCUGCUUUGAGUCAUGGCCAACCUUGGUCCUAUAGCGUCAUGAUUGCGCUGUGGAGUGCUGGCGCUAUAUUUGUAUUGUAUUUGAACUUUGUGCCUCAAGCAAAAAGGCAGGUUGAUCCAGUACAGGAUGAUUAUAUUAAAGAGGAGUAG